AUGACGUACACUUCAAGUCCCACUGUGCCCGAUAAGAACAAAUUACAAAAUAGUAUAGUUUCCGAUAUGAACGAACUACAAGUUUACACUGUGCCUGAUUUGAACGAAUUACAAAUUAAUAUAGUUCAAUCUAUUGAACAUUUUUCUGAAAUUAGUAAGAUUAAAGUUAAGGAUAAUAAUUUUAUUCAGAAAAAAAUUAGUCAAAUUUCUCUUCAAAGAGUGGAAUUUCGAAACUUUGCUGAAGAAUCUAUAACUCAUAAUCUAAAACUAUGCACUCAUGCUGACGAUUUAAUUGUAUUUGCUGAAUGUUGUGAAGAUGUUAGUAUUAGUGACGAAGAUCUGUUGAAAUUAUUAAAACCUUUAUUGAAUGAUUCUAAGCUAUAUAAAUCCAAAGCUACAUUAUUAAAAAAUCACCUUAGAAGAAUUAAAAUUUCUUUAGAUGGAAUUGCUACCGAAAUUUUCAAAUAUGAUGAGGAAAUUACCAAGAAACGGGAAGUUUUACCCGAUAAAAUUGAAAAGGCAGAUAAAGUAACGAAUGAUGCAUGGUCAUGUGCGAAAAAUGGUGCCAUGGCAGCCGGUAUUGGGAGUAUUGCUGCAGUUUUAGCAGCUCCGUUCACAGGAGGAGCAUCCAUUGUUGCAGCGGUUGCAGAGUCUGUUGUUGGGCUUGGCAGUUUGGCCAUUCUCGGGGGUACGGCUGCAGCUACAACUUCUACUGCAGUUGCUGGAAGUUCAUUUGUUGUCAGUGGCAUUCUAAAUUAUCAAUUAGAAGGCGCUAGAGAACAAUUCUCACAAUAUUUACGAGAGAUGCAAGAUGGUCUUUCUAAUAUUAAUGAUAUUAUCUCUGCUUGUGAAUUUCAUUGGGAAAAACAAAUUAUCGAGAUUGAAGCAAUUAUUAAAAGGUUGGAAUGUAACGAAAAACAAAAUGAACGAAUAGUAAAACCUAUCGCUAUGAAUAUUUCGGCUAAAGCAAAAAAAAUUCUUGCAAGUUCUGAAAGUUACAGCGCUAAUAUGCGACAAGCUCUGAAUAGAGAUUCGAUUCUAGCAGUAAGAAUUUUAUAA